AUGAGCUCCGGCGACUACUUCGCAGGCAACUCUGGCGGCUCCAGCUCGAGCAGGGGCACAACCACGCCGCAGCAACAACGAAAUGCACGACCGCAAUACAUGACAGUAGGCUCAGGGUCGACAUCUGAGUCGGCCGCUAGACUGCAAGCCAUCAUCGACGAGGACUCUGGGUACGGAGGAAGCGAUACUGGCGAUGGAACAGGCGAGAACCACUGGCACCCGGGCCUCACGCAGGACCGGUAUACGCCGGCGCAUACACCUGUGCGACCCGGGGAGAGCAAUGCGGCUUCAGAACACGAGCGACGGCAACUGGCUGCGCAUGUCCACCAGCUCUUUUAUAACCAGAAUCGGACGGCACUCGGACGAGCGAUCAACCAGACGGUAGAGACGCUCAAGCGCUUGCAGGAGAUGAAUGCGACAUGGCCGGCACAUUACCCUACUGUACAGAGACCGCCAUCGCCUGAGCCAUCAAGACCGGACGCACGACCUGGAUUGCACCACACCCACACCCUUGAGGAUACACACGAUGCCGUCCGAUCAGCACCACCGCGACCGAAAGCGCCUCGUCGAGCUGGUACUUCUGUCGGCGAGCACCAGACGGGCGAGUCGAGCGAGACAAAACCGCCAGCGCAAGAGCCUCGACUGGUCACACCACAGCUUGCGCAAGACUUCUCGGUGCUGAAGAUCGAGCUGAAGAUGGAGGGCCUACCGCAGUCGGAGAUUGUGCAUUCUUUGGAGAAACAAAGUGUUGCGGCGCUGUUGGACAACCAGAUCAACAACAGCGUCCGACAUCUAUUUGCACUACGAGAGCGGAUAGAUGACACCGCGAGCAAGGUGCUGGUCACGGGCGAUCUCAACGCUGGCAAAUCGACCUUCUGCAACGCUCUUUUACGUCGAAAGGUACUUCCCGAAGACCAGCAACCAUGCACCUCGAUCUUCUGCGAAGUACUAGAUGUGCGAGAGAACGGCGGGGUUGAGGAAGUCCAUGCGAUACCUCACGCAACGACCUACAACCGCAACGAUGAAAGCACAUACCGCGUCUUUAAGCUCACUCAGCUGGAAGACGUUGUGGUUGAUGCGGACAGCUGGUCGCAGUGCAAGAUCUACAUCAAGGACAUCCGAUCGGUAGAUACUUCGCUACUCAACAAUGGCGUCGUCGACAUCGCUCUCAUCGACGCACCCGGAUUGAACAACGACUCGCUCAAGACGACCGCGCUGUUCGCACGACAAGAGGAGAUUGACGUUGUUGUAUUCGUUGUGUCGGCGGCGAAUCACUUCACACUUUCGGCAAAGGAGUUCAUCUUCAAUGCCGCACGAGAGAAAGCAUACAUGUUCAUGGUGGUGAACGGCUUCGACAAUAUCAGGGAUAAGAACCGGUGUCAGGAGAUGAUCUUGAAGCAGGUUGCUCACUUGAGCCCAGCAACAUUCAAGGAGUCAUCGGAGCUUGUGCAUUUCGUAUCUAGCAACGCUAUACCAGUGGCUCCAGCUGGUGGUGAUGGGCCACCCGACGGCUCCGGAGGCGGUAGCGGCUCUGCGUCGGCUUCGUUCGAGCCCAAAGACAAGAAGCCCGAGUCAGAUCCGCCCAAACCAGACGAUGAAGACGACGAACCCGAAGGAAAGCACGGCGAGCCAGGAUCGCCUCCGAGCAAAGACAAAGGGAAGGGCAAGGAGAAGGAGAAGCUUGACGACUUCAACGAACUUGAAGCCUCGCUACGCCGGUUCGUGCUGGAGAAGCGGGCGAGAUCAAAACUUGCGCCUGCGAAGACCUACCUCAUGAACGUGCUGGGAGACCUCAAUACGUUGGCUGGCGUGAACAAGAAUGUCGCACAGGGCGAGCUCGACCGGGUUUCGGAGGAGCUGCGCCAGUUGGAGCCUGUUUUCGAGAAGUCGAAGAAGGCACGUUCUGCAGCGGACGAUAGUGUCGCCAACAACAUUGAGGAGACAUCUGGUGAAGUCUACCGGUUGACCCGGGAAACGCUCAACUCGUCUAUCUCGCAUAUCGCUGAGAGCGACCUGGGCGUGGAAUAUCCUGGGGUGUUCGGAGCCUACAACUACGCGGAGGACUUGAAGGCGGCUAUGCUCAAUCAGAUCAAUGAGACAGUUCGAUGGUGCGAGGAGCGUGCUCGUGAGAAGACGGUGCAAGGAGUCUCCAGUAUCAAGAGCUUAGGGCUGCUGCAUCUGGGCGAUCAGUACGUCGACCUGACAUUCCGAUCCGAGAAGAUGUUCAAGACGCGGAGAGACGCCUUGGCCAGGCAAGUCGAGGUCGAGGCAGAGCUGUGGGAUUUCUUCGACGUGGGAAGUCUGUGGGAGAGGCAGGAGAAGGUGGCGAGCACCAGCAUGGCCGUCACUGUCGCCGGUGUAGUCGGCGGAAGGCUAUUCGGCGGCCUCGGGUGGCUUGAUGGUGCCUUGACCGCUACGAAGGUGAUGGGACCAAACAACGUGAGGAAACUCGUGCUGCCCGGCAUGGUCCUUGCAGUCACACUCGGCAUCUCCUACGCCAUCUCCCAAAUCCCCCACUCCCUCCCCAAACGCCUCUCCACCAAACUCUCCGCCCAACUCGCCCAGAUCGACUACACCCACAAGAACUCGCAACGCAUCUCCGCUGAAGUCCGCCGCGCGCUGCAAUACCCCGCCACCAAGCUACGCGAGGGCCUGCAGCGCAACGUCGAGCAGCUGCAGGAGAAGAAGCGCGAGACGGACAAGGUAAGGGGGGAGAGCGAGGUGGCACGGAAGUAUUUUGGGAACUUGGUGAGGGAGAGUAAUGAUAUUCGGAGUCGGGUCGAGAGGGUUGAUCUGGAGGGGCCGGCGCCGGGGAUUGCGGCGGCUUAUGAUGCUUAG